UGGGCGUGACAUACGCGCAGAGGCAUCUAAACUGGAAGUUUAGGAAGAACUUGUGGGUUUGUGCCAUGCGUAAUCUGUCGGCUGCUCAUUAAACUUCAGAAUACUUCAUUUUAAACGAAGGUUUUGUAGCUCAUUAGCAAUACGACUGGAAACCGAGUAUAUAACGGAUUGUGAUUUCUCCAAAAGGCAAAACAGAAAACAAAUAAGUAAUACACCUUUGGAUUUUUUUCAUCUCUCUCGUUUCGGAACAGAAUGCAUUAUUACGAACUGAUGAUAGUUUGUGGGCUCUGUGGAAACGUUCUGUUACAAGGAUCACCCUCAAGUGUUAAGCUGAAUUCACCAACUCUGAGUGUACAAGGCAAGCAGCACAUUAUUAAGGCCAACCAGACCUUAGAGCUCCAGUGCAAAGGGAAAUUUGCUCUUUCCUGGACAUAUCCAAAGAGUGUGAAGACUGAUAAAGGGAGACCAAGUAUUAAAGAAUACAGAUGUGGGAAAAAGAACCAGCUAUACUGCAGCAGUCUUGUUUUGGACCAUGCAGUAUCACAAGAAACAGGACCAUAUAAGUGCAGAUAUUCUUCUAAAAAGGGAAAAAGACAGACCUCUGUUUAUGUUUACAUUAAAGAUAUGCAGAAACCAUUUGUUGAGAUUCACAAAAACAUUCCAGAGGUUUUGUAUAUGACUGAAGGCACUCAGCUGGUUGUUCCAUGCAGAGUGACAUCACCUGACAUCACAGUUUCUUUAAUCAAGUUCCCUGGAAAAAAACUAACUCCAGAUGGAAAAAAUAUUAUCUGGAACAAUAAGAAGGGAUUUAUCAUAAUGAAUGCAAACUACACUCAUAUUGGCCUCUUGUCUUGUGAGACCACAGUGAACAAUGUGUUCUACAGUAACAAUUACCUAACUCAUAGACAAGCAAAUACAAUCUAUGAUGUUAGUCUGAAUGUCACCAGUCCCGUGAGGCUACUGAAAGGGCAGUCACUGGCUUUAAGCUGCAUAGUCAAAUUGGAGUGGAAUGCCAGAGUUGUGAUCACUUGGGACUACCCUGGAAAGGCAAACAACACAGCAUUAAUCUCCAAUAGAAUUGACCAGACUGUCAAAAAUGUCAUCUCUAGUGUUCUUUAUAUUAGUGAGACCAACAGUAUAGACAAAGGAGUAUAUACCUGCAAUGUUGAAGGUGGGACAAUGACCAGGAAAAAAAACACAACAGUUUUUGUUUAUGAAAAGCCAUUUAUUAAUCUGAAAUUUAAAGAGAAGCCUGCAAUAGAAGUUGUUGCUGGUGAAGAAUCAUACAGAAUAUCAGUGAAAGCUAAAGCCUUUCCAACACCAACAGUUAAAUGGUUUAAAGAUGGCAUAGCUGCUGAUGAAAAAUGUGCACGAUACAAGACUGAUGGAUAUUCCUUAAUCAUCAGAGACGUUACAGAAGAAGAUGCUGGGAAUUACACCAUUUUGUUGGAGCUUCAUCAAUACAAAAUUUACAAAAACCUAACAGUCUCCCUUGCAGUUAAUGUGAAGCCACAAAUUGGAGAAAAAGCAGUUUCAUUUCAUGAUCCUGGAAUCUACUUAGUGGGCAGCAAGCAAACUCUGAUUUGUACCGCCUAUGGCUCUCCUCCACCCAGAAUCCAGUGGGGUUGGCAUCCAUGCACUAGGAAUAACUCUAAAGGACUGUGCAAACUACCUGCUUCAACUAAGAGAACCCCUGUUCAGCUGACUACAAACAGCAGCCGGUCAGGAAACAGGAUUCUGAGCAUCACUGAGAGGUCUGAAAUAAUUAAAGGGAAGAAUAAGACUGUAGGAGUCUUAGUAAUUGCAGAAGCUAUGGUUUCUGGGGUCUAUCGCUGUUUGGCUACCAAUAAGGUUGGAAAAGAUAGGAGAAACAUCAACUUUUUCAUCACAGAUACACCUAAUGGAUUUGCUUUAGAAGUAAUUGGAGACCCAACAGAAGGUGAAGACCUGAGUGUGGCAUGCAAAGUCAGCAGAUAUCUGUACAGCAAUAUAACUUUGCAUGUGAGAAACAAAACAGAACAUCCAGUGUCUAACUUAAAUACUGUGGUAAUUCAUGGCGAGGAUUCAGAUACUGCCUAUGUUAAAUUGCAAAAUGUUUCCCAAGAAAAUUCAGGCACAUAUGUUUGCACAGUAAGGAAUUUGCAGACAGGGGAAGAAGUGUCCCAGGAACAACAUAUCAACAUUGUUGCCCAGGAAGCUCCUCGACUCUUGCAUGGCCUUACAAAUCAGACUGUGAAUGUGAGUAGCACCAUUAUUCUUGAGUGCCCAGCAACUGGAAUCCCAUAUCCUCAAAUUAGCUGGUAUAAGAACAGCCAGAGAUUACAACAGGGACCAGGAAUUAUCCUAACUGUAGGCAGCAAAUCAUUAAUUAUUGAGCGAGUCAAGGAAGAUGAUGAAGGCAUGUACAGAUGUGAAGCUGUCAAUCGAAAAGGAUCAGUGAAGAGCACUGCCUAUCUCAAUGUCCAGACUGCUUUCCAAAGUGGAGUACUUGCUAUGACAAGAAGAGUGGAUACCACAGAGAAAUCCAAUCUGGAGUUAAUAAUGCUAACAUGUACUUGUGUUGCUGCUACACUCUUCUGGCUACUUUUAACCCUCUUCAUUCGCAAGCUCAAAAAGCCAACUUCAACAGAAACCAAAACGGACUAUUUAUCUAUCAUCAUGGAUCCUGGGGAAGUUCCUCUGGAUGAGCAAUGCGAACGACUGCCUUAUGAUGCCAGUAAAUGGGAGUUUCCAAGAGAAAGACUUAAGCUAGGAAAAUCACUAGGAAGGGGUGCGUUUGGAAAAGUGGUGCAAGCUUCAGCUUUUGGAAUAAAUAAAUCAUCCAGCUGUAGAACCGUGGCUGUUAAAAUGCUUAAAGAGGGAGCCACAGCCAGUGAGUACAAGGCCUUGAUGACAGAGCUAAAAAUCCUUAUCCAUAUUGGACACCACCUUAAUGUUGUGAACCUGCUGGGAGCCUGUACUAAAUACGGGGGCCCUUUGAUGGUGAUUGUAGAAUACUGUAAAUAUGGGAAUCUUUCCAACUAUCUGAAAGGCAAGAGAGAUGUUUUUCUUCAGCACAAGGAAACCCAUGUACAGGAUGAACAGUCUGACAAAAGCCCUGUGGUACUCCCGGAGGUGAAGAAGGAGAAGUUGUGUAGCCUAGCCAGCAGCGCAAGCACCGCAAGCUCUGGGUUUGAGGAAGAUAAAAGUCUGAGUGAUGUCGAAGAGGAAGAGGAGGAUUCCAAUUCUCUGUACAAUAAACCUAUUGUAAUGGAAGACCUAAUUUCCUACAGCUUUCAAGUUGCACGAGGCAUGGAAUUUCUUGCAUCCAGAAAGUGUAUCCACCGAGACUUGGCAGCAAGGAACAUCCUUUUAUCUGAGAACAAUGUGGUCAAGAUCUGUGACUUUGGCCUUGCAAGGGACAUUUAUAAGGAUCCUGAUUAUGUAAGAAAGGGAGAUGCCAGGCUUCCUUUAAAAUGGAUGGCUCCUGAAUCCAUUUUUGAUAAAGUCUAUACAACUCAAAGUGAUGUUUGGUCCUAUGGGGUUUUACUUUGGGAAAUAUUCUCACUAGGGGCAUCUCCUUAUCCAGGCCUCCAGAUUGAUGAAGAUUUCUGUAACAGACUGAAGGAAGGCACAAGAAUGCGAGCUCCUGAAUAUGCUACACCAGAAGUUUAUAAAAUUAUGCUGGCAUGCUGGGAAAACGACCCGAAAGAGCGUCCAACCUUCUCUGAACUAGUGAAACAGUUGGGGGACUUACUUCAAGCAAAUGUUCAGCAGGAUGGAAAAGACUACAUCCCCUUGAACACCAUUUUGAAGCCAAUGCAUACUACUGGGGGUACAAACUCUUUCUCAUCAGAACGCUCAUUAACAGAAGAGACCGUGGAUGCAAUAUCCAGCUGUGAAACAUCACAAAGCUUCGGGUACAUAAACACAAGAAGAUCUCAGAGUGUGAAAACCUUUGAAGAGUUCAUUCUACAAGACAGAAAAUAUACAGACCAGGAUUACCAGACAGACAGUGGAAUGGUUCUUGCCUCUGAAGAGUUAAAAUGCCUGUUAUGGAACAGCAGCAAGCCUAAGCAAUCCUCCCAUUCUUUUGGAUUCAGAGGAGCUCUGCAGUCGAAGGAAUCCACAAACUGCUGCCCAAAGAAGUCGAGCUGCACCCACAGAAACGAAGAGCAACAAGCCAGCAGUGCCACCGAACUUUAUUCACCGCCGCCAGAUUACAAUUCUGCUCUUUUUUACCCUCCCAUAUAAAUGUGAAAUGUAUGUUUUUAAUACAACGAUGACAACAAAAAAAGAAAAGACCCACUUCAUCUAUAUGUAUUUUUUUCCGGGGUUCAGGUUUUAAUAUAAAUAUCAUUUCAAAACGCUUCUUUAUCAUCGUUACAACCUCGUACUCGUACGCGUCAAAGGAGCCGUAAAGAAAGAUUUAUUUUUUUUUGCUGUUCCAGUACCAGCAAGUACUUUUUGCAUUUUAUGCAGCUAUUUAUACAAUAUUUAUACAUUUUAAUUUUCACAAGAGGCACAUGCUUUAGUUUUUAAUUUUACACAGAUUCACAUUUGUACAAUGCUUUAUUACAGUUAUAAAUCAUCAUUAAAACAAUAAGACUCUUUACAGAUGUUGCAGUUGUUCUAUUUGUUGUUUUACAUCAUGCAAAAAAAAGUUUUAGAACAUGGACUGUUAAUAACAGCUUCUUUAACGGAUUCGUCAAGUGUUACCAAGUAUAAACUGCCGCGGUUUGCACACGCGCUGAGCGACUCGAGCCCACGUUGCUGUUGUGAGGCCGGCGCUCUUCAUCUCUGAGCAGACACUGCAGUACUCGUCUUUCUCUGUGGCACUGGCUCGAUUUUCUACUCUCUUGUACAUAUUAAAAUAGUAAGGUAAUAACCAAGAUAUUUUUAUUUUAGAGCUUCAAUAAUAAUGUAAGCCGUUUAUCAAUUUAAAAUAAAUCUGAAUAUCUAUUACUUGUAUAAAGCUUUUUUAACUGUAUAAGAACACGUAAUGAAUCUGUUACUUGCUCUGUGACAUUAAACUAAGCAAUCUGAGUGUUGGUUUUAUCAGUUAACAGCCUCAUUAGUGAAAAUGUACAAAAAUAAAAAUAUUACGUUAGAA